AUGACGGCCACCGAACUUUGGAAACACGAACGCCCCGAAGGCACCCAGAUGUGGAGGUUUCUGGAACAUGUGAACUCCAAGUACAACCUGAACCUCAAAGACUACCCGCAGCUGUACAAGUGGUCCGUCGACAAUGUUGCUGAUUUCUGGGGCGACGUUUGGCACUUCGCCGGUAUCAAGGCCUCAAAACCCUUUGACCAGGUUUUGCCCUCCGAGGCUCCCAUGUUCCCCCGACCUGAUUUCUUUGCUGGCGCCCGCCUCAACUUUGCAGAGAACCUGCUCUUUCCUGCCAAUGUCGAGAUUGACGAGUCGACGACAGCCGUCAUCACAGCCACCGAGAACGAUAACCACCUCGUUGAAACAUCCUGGGCCGAGCUGAGGGACCAAGUCCGCCGCUGCUCUAAUGCCCUCCGCGCUAUCGGUGUCAAGGAGAACAGUGUUGUUGCCGGUUUCGUAGCCAACCAUGUGCAGGCUCUAGUUGCUUUGUUAAGUGCUGCCACCAUCGGCGCCAUCUGGACGGGUAUUAGCCCGGACAACGGCGUGAGCGCGGUAUUAGACCGACUCACCCAAAUCCGGCCACAGGUGCUCUUUACCGAUAAUGCCACGCUGUACAACGGUAAGGAGUGGUCGGGUAAGGCGAAGACCCUUGACAUUGUCGAGGAGCUGAAGAAGCAUGGCCUUGAGCAAGUGGUUGUCAUUAAGGGCCUCGAGAAUGUUGAGACUGGGCUGGACGAAAUUCGGGAAAAGGGGGUUCAAGUUGAAGAGUUUCCUACUUUCCUUGACUCGCCCUUCCCCUGCCAACCUCUCACCUUCUUUGGCGCAGACGGUGACGCCAAGUAUCGCGCCGCCUACUUCGAACGGUUCCCUGGCUUGUGGCACCACGGCGAUUUUGUGCGCAUGGACCCCCACACUGGCGGCCUGGUGAUGCUGGGCCGCAGCGACGGCGUGCUGAAGCCCGCCGGCGUCCGCUUUGGCAGCGCUGAAAUUUACAACGUGCUCACGCGCUUCUUCGCCGCCGAUGUCGAGGACGCCGUCUGUGUCGGGCGCCGCCGUGAGUCGGACCGCGACGAGACCGUGUGUCUGAUCGUCGAGGUUGUUAGGCGCGAGCUAAGCCCGCGACACGUGCCGGGUGUGAUUGAGGAGGCGAAGGGUGGAGUGCCCAAGACGGGGAACGGGAAGAAGAUCGAGGUUGCUGUCAAGCAGAUCUUGUCUGGUAUGCAGGUCAGGACCAACACGAGUGUGGCUAACCCGGAGGCGCUGGAUUGGUUUCGGGAGUGGGCGAGGAGGACGGAGGAGAAGGAGGCGCUCCUUGGCUAG